CACAAAACCCAGCAGUCCCUAUUUCUCAAAACAUAUAGUCAAAACUACACUGUCUUCUUAUCCCCUCCUCAAACCCACCAAAGACCUGAAACACAAACAAUGCCUUCUUUCGCUGCCCCAUCCCACCUCCUCUCCCCAUCUGCCAACCUCUCCUCUUCCACUCGCCGGCAACUGCCCCCUACUUCCUCCUCUUCCUCACGCGCUUCCCCGCGGUCCUCCUCCAUCAAAUGCCACCUCCCUUUUCAAAACCCUAAACCCCAGAAGCGAACCUCCCUCCUCCGCUCCCUCUCCAAACCCCUCACGCUAGCCUCCGCUUCUGCUGCCACUCUCCUCAUCCGCAUCACUCCCAUUCCUACCCUUCUCGCUGGAGGCGGCGGAGAAAACUUUGGCGGCAGUGGAGGCUUAUCUGGUGGCGGCGGCGGAGGCGGUGGUUCUGGUGGCGGUGAUGGAAGCAGUGGCAACUUCUGGGAAAAGCUCUUUUCGCCUUCGCCGGCAAUUGCGGACGAUAACAAUCAGACCCAAGAAUGGGAUUCUCAUGGAUUACCUGCCAACAUAGUAGUUCAACUCAACAAGCUAAGUGGGUUCAAAAAAUACAAGCUUUCAGACAUUUUAUUCUUCGACCGACGGCGAUGGACUACGGUAGGAACUGAAGAUUCAUUCUUUGAAAUGGUUUCGUUAAGACCCGGAGGGAUCUACACUAAAACGCAGUUACAAAAAGAGCUCGAAACUUUAGCCACUUGUGGAAUGUUUGAGAAGGUUGACAUGGAAGGCAAAACUAACCCAGAUGGAACUUUGGGAUUGACCAUCUCUUUUACAGAAAGUACUUGGCAAUCAGCUGAUAGGUUUAGGUGUAUAAAUGUGGGGCUAAUGGCUCAAUCCAAGCCCAUCGAAAUGGACUCUGAUAUGACAGAUAAGGAGAAAUUGGAGUAUUAUAAAAAUCAAGAGAAGGAUUAUAAGAGGAGGAUUGAGAGAGCCAGGCCAUGCUUGUUGCCAGUGCAAGUGCAUAGGGAAGUGUUGCAAAUGUUGAGGGAUCAAGGGAAAGUGAGUGCUAGGUUGUUGCAGAAGAUAAGGGAUAGAGUUCAGAAAUGGUACCAUGAUGAAGGGUAUGCUUGUGCUCAGGUUGUGAAUUUUGGGAACUUGAAUACUAAGGAAGUGGUUUGUGAGGUUGUGGAAGGGGAUAUUACACAGCUUGUGAUUCAAUUCCAGGAUAAGCUUGGGAAUGUUGUUGAAGGGAAUACCCAGCUUCCUGUUGUCAGGAGAGAGUUGCCCAAACAGCUUCGACAAGGCAAUGUUUUUAACAUUGAGGCUGGGAAACAAGCCCUGAGAAACAUAAACUCAUUGGCUUUGUUUUCAAAUAUCGAAGUGAACCCACGUCCUGAUGAGAAAAAUGAGGGAGGCAUCAUUGUUGAGAUAAAGCUUAAAGAGCUGGAUCAAAAAUCAGCUGAAGUCAGUACGGAGUGGAGCAUUGUCCCUGGACGUGGGGGGCGUCCCGCAUUGGCUUCAUUUCAACCUGGUGGAACUGUCUCUUUUGAGCACCGAAAUCUCAAAGGGCUUAACAGAUCAAUUCUUGGUUCAUUGACCACCAGUAACUUUUUUAAUCCUCAGGAUGAUCUUGCUUUCAAAUUAGAAUAUGUGCACCCAUAUUUAGAUGGUGUUUAUAAUCCACGCAACCGUACUUUUCGAGCAAGCUGCUUUAACAGCCGGAAACUAAGUCCAGUUUUCACUGGUGGGCCAGGAGUUGAUGAAGUCCCCCCAAUAUGGGUUGAUCGAGCUGGUGUCAAAGCUAACAUUACAGAGAAUUUCACCCGUCAAAGUAAAUUCACUUACGGACUUGUGAUGGAAGAGAUAACAACACGUGAUGAAAGCAGUCAUAUCUCUCCCAAUGGUCAAAGAGUGCUGCCAAGUGGAGGCAUCAGCGCAGAUGGACCUCCAACCACUCUAAGUGGUACUGGUGUUGAUCGAAUGGCAUUUCUACAGGCAAAUAUCACACGUGAUAAUACCAAGUUUGUAAAUGGAGCUAUAGUUGGUGAGAGGAAUGUAUUCCAGGUGGACCAAGGACUUGGCAUUGGCAGCAAGUUUCCGUUCUUUAACCGCCACCAACUAACAUUUACACGAUUUCUCCAACUAAAGCAAGUGGAAGAAGGAGCCAAUAAACCACCACCACCUGUUCUAGUCCUUCAUGGCCAUUAUGGAGGUUGUGUGGGUGACCUACCAAGUUAUGAUGCUUUUACUCUUGGGGGCCCCUAUUCUGUGAGAGGUUAUAACAUGGGUGAGUUAGGCGCAGCUAGAAACAUUAUCGAGCUUGGAGCCGAGCUUAGAAUACCUGUGAGAAAUACACAUGUAUAUGCAUUUGCAGAGCAUGGCAAUGAUCUAGGAAGUUCAAAGGAUGUAAAGGGUAACCCAACAGAGGUCUACAGGCGAAUGGGUCAUGGUUCAUCAUAUGGUGUUGGUGUCAAGCUAGGUCUAGUGAGAGCCGAGUAUGCUGUUGACCAUAACACUGGAACCGGUGCAGUCUUCUUCCGAUUUGGGGAAAGAUAUUAAAAUGUGAUUUAGGUCUAAUUUUGCUUAAUACAGGGUGGCCAUUUGGGUUUUCUAGUUACUGUUAGAGCUGUUCUUGAUCUUACAGAUCUUUUGAGAUACAUGGAACUAGGUACAAUAAUACUUAAGCGGCUUUCUUGUUUCAAAUAAUUAUUUUAUUGAAAAUCUUGUGCGUUAUAUUUUUAUCCUAUUCUGUACAAACUGAGGGAUUGCAAGGAAAUUGUUGGUGCUUGAUUAUGCUUUCUGUA